AACAGGUUAAUGUUAGCGUGCUAUUGUUUUGUUUUGUUGUUUUUUUCUUUUCAUUUCAUUUCAGAUAAGCCUAAAAAAUCCUUAAAAUCUCUACCGCUCCCUCUCGCCCAGUCGCACUCUCGUUCUCACCUGACGACCUCCACCUCCGGCGGGUAAUCGGAGCCCCCUUCCUCAUCUCCCUUAUUCAUUCAUGUCGUCGUUCAGCUCGUCGUUUCGAGUACUGCCACCCCUUUGGAGCCAAAGCAACGGUCGUUUCUUGCUUCUUAUCCACUCCAAGCGAAACCGAAACAAUGCCAUUUUCAUUCCCCGACUACUAGCCUCCAACGACGACUCUGCUUCCACUCCGAAACAAACCCAGUUGGGUUAUGAUCCUUCUGAGGAGUUAUUUGGCCUCGAGGCCAAUCUAAAGCCAAGGAAUGGUGAUUUAGGAAGUGACAAACAAAGGUCCUGGGUUGGUCCAAAUGGUCAGUAUAUUAGAGAACUGCCUUGCCCAACUUGCCGUGGUAGGGGAUAUACUCCAUGUCUAGAGUGUGGUAUCGAAAGGUCCAGACCAGACUGUUCAAAAUGUAAGGGAAAGGGUAUAAUGACUUGUCAUCAGUGCUUGGGAGAAUGCGUCACAUGGGAAGAAUCAAUUGACGAGCGACCAUGGGAGAAAGCACGCUCCAUUUCUCCUCUAAAAGUGGAGGAUGAUGAAGUUGAUAACUUAGACAUCAAGUUGGACAUGACAAGAAAAUCAAAACGUGUGUAUCAAUCACCCCCUCCUGAAGUUGGACUGAAGAUCAGUCGAUCUCUAAAAAGUCUCAAUGCCAAGACUGGUCUUUUUAGUAAAAGAAUGAAGAUUAUUCAUCGUGAUCCAAGGCUUCACGCUCAAAGAGUGGCUGCAAUUAAGAAAGCGAAAGGAACUGCUGCUGCUAGAAAGCAUGCUUCCGAAGCAUUAAAAGCUUUCUUUAGUGACCCAGAAAAUCGUCGGAAGAGGAGCAUUGCCAUGAAAGGGGUGAAGUUCUUCUGCAAAAACUGUGGACGCGAGGGGCACAGAAGACACUACUGUCCAGAACUAAAGGGUUUAACUGGUAGGCAGUUCAAAUGCCGGAUAUGUGGAAAAAAGGGACAUAACAGAAGAACUUGUCCAAAGACAAGGUUGCUGCAUAGUCACAAAAGAACUGUUAGAAAACAUUUUCACUGCAGCAUAUGCCGUGGAAGAGGCCAUAACCGUAGGACUUGCCCCGAAGUUAUUGGUACAGAGUCAAGUAAUUCUAGUGUAAAGAAAGGCCCUUUGGGUUCUGAAAGCAGAAAAUACAAGUGUCGAUUGUGCCAACAAGUUGGACACAACAUUAGGACAUGUCCUAGUAAAAAUGUAAAUGGUUCUGAGUUCCAAAAAGAAACCAGAUGAAUAUUUUGUGCUUUACUGAGAUAUAUAAUGAAUUUGUGUUUUUUUCUUUUUUCAUUGUCUUUUAAAGAAUAUAAAUCCUCUUGAUCAAAAUAGAGUAUAGAAGCGAGUGAGCAUUACACGUGCUUUUUUUUUUCAUUUUCUUUUUUGGGACAAACUAUAGAGAAAUUUGAGCAUGGAUGCAUUGUUAAACAGGGCAAAAGUAUGUCUGAUCAUCUCCAAGGUACUAUUUAUUUUUUAUUUAAAUUGUUAAUUAGAGAGCCAUUUUUCGUAAAGAUACUUUAAUCAUGUUUUUCGUUUUAAUUAAAAUUGAUUAUUUUUAUUAUAUUUUUAUAAUUUGAAUUCAUUCACUAUAGAUUAAUUUAAUCAAAUAAUGAAAAAAAAAAGUAGUUGGACAAGUAAUGUAUGUUGUCUCAUCAUGUAUUUACUUUUAAGUUGUGCAAUGGAGUGUCUCCGUAGAGAUGAGAUGGUUCCUAGUCCUAAUAGGAAGUAUUGCAGCCGAGGACUUGUUCGACCCUCCAAAGGCUUUGGCGGGCGUAGUUUCCAAUCAGCCACUGCUGAUAGAAAAACGCGCACUAGAGUUUCCAACAGCAAGAAGAAAUACUGACUGAAAAAGUAAAAGUGUUACGGCUGGACCUUCCUACUCAAACUCACCACUCCCAACUUCUUUACCAAUUCCAAAGUUCCCUAUCCAACCAAAGACUACUCUGUCUUUAAUGUUGCCUGAGUCUGCGCUUGCAUCCCCUAAUGAAGGUUAGUCUCUUCAUUUUUUGAAUUAUUUAUCUCGUACUUAUUAAAUUCUAAUGAUCAAAUCACACUGCAACAGCAGACAUUAAUGUGUUGGAAGUCAAUGAGAACACUGCAUUGGCUACUGAGACGGUUGUUUGCUAAUUAUCAUAACUAACACACCAUUCUGAAGCACAAACAGGUUUUUUUUAAUCAAAACUUUGAAUUCACUUGGUUUUGUGCAAAGAAAAAGUCGUUAGUAUCACUUAUUAUAUUCUAUGAAUCUUAUGAUCGGUUUAUGUUAUUUCUAUUUAAGACACAUGGCUGAUUAUUAUUUACUGCUGAAAGUGAUUCCUUUUUCUAUAGAAAGACCUAAUUACUAGUUAUUAUGAUUUACUGAGAGUAUUUCUUUCUCUACUCCCUAAGUAAUUUCCCUUUGCAUAGAGACUCUUAUGUUAAGGACGCUUGCAAAGGUGAGCUGGGCACCGCAGUUAGCGUGAAAGCUAAGAAGAUUUGAGAGAAAAAAAAUAUUGAGAGAGGGGCCAAUGUUGCUCCCACGAGGCACAAUCACACAAUGCAACAACUUGUUAAGAUGGCUAUCGUGUGCAUCCAUGAGUGAAAGCUUCCCAUACAAAAUGAAAUAUCAAAAAGUUUAAAGGAAAAACUAACCAUUCUCCCCUACAACAAUAAAUAUCAUAAGAACAAAGGGAGAAGGUUAUAUUUUAGCCUAACUAAUUGGAUGCCUUACUUCUCAAAGUAAAUGCCAAGUCCGAGAGUGCUCUGGUGGAAGACCCAUCGUGACUGAGUGCUUUAGCAGCUGCAUCUUUAAGCUCAUUCAUACGGUCUCUAACUUUUUUACCCUCUUCACAACUUGGAUCCAUCAGCACCUUCACAACUCUAGCAAUUUCAUCUCGUCCAACGAUGCCAUUUUCAACCGUUAUUGGUCGCAACGCAACUUCUAGGCCAUCUACAAGCAUAACUGCAUUCAUUUUUUGCUCUGCAAAAAGUGGCCACGCAAUCAGUGGUAUCCCUUCCACGAUGCUCUCAAGGGUCGAGCUCCAACCACAGUGGCAUAAAAACCCUCCCGUCGAGCCAUGGCUCAGCACCAGAGUUUGUGGGGCCCAAGAUUGCACAACCAAACCUCGUCCUUUGGUUCUCUCCAAAAACCCCUGAGGUAAGACAUCAAUAGCCUCAAAUUGGCUUUGACUGUCUUUGAGAUAUGCAGCGUUGGCAGAUUCAUUGUCUGGCUUCCUCACCACCCAUAAAAACUUCUGGCCACUCAUUUCCAAUCCAAAUGCCAGCUCUGUCAUCUGAUCACUAGACAGUGUCCCACCGCUACCGAAAGAAACGUAUAGAACAGAGCGACUUGGUUGCUUGUCCAACCAGCUCAAACAAUACUCUGACCCAUUCGUAUUAGAAUUAGUUGGGCCAAUUUGCACGAUUGGCCCCACUGGAAAGAUAGGAAGCAUUCCUUCAUUUGCUUGCAAAGCUUUUAUUGCUUCGGAUUCAAUACCCGAAAAGCUAUUGAUGAUGAUACCCUCCGUCAAGUACACCUCUUUGGACGUGUUCAGAAAUGACUUGUAAGUCUCACUUUGGCGAUCUUGGAUCGGUUCUAACACAUCCUUACCAUGAAGGGGUGCACAGCCAGGUAGUUUGAUCAGGUCGGGUAGGUCUCUCAUGAAUCGACAAGAGAAUGACUUGUCCAGCAUGGGCAAGUGGAAGAGCAAGGACAAUACAGCGGCAUUUGUAGGGAAGAAUAUAAAAGUAGAAAUGUUUAAUCCCCUGGCGACUUCUAAGGCUUUUACACCAAAAGGGUCCGCAAAGAAAGCAGUCAAUGGGGUAGAAUUAGUAGCACUACUUAUUAGUAAAGAGUUUAACAGGGUUUGAAGAGAAGAGAGGGAGUGAGUUAUGAUGAGGGAAAGUUUGGAUGCAGGUUUGGAAUCUUUAGGAAGGUCGUCGAAGUUGACAGCUGGAGGAAGAUAGAUGAUGUCGAUGGUGGCCGGUAGAGAGUCAAGAAUUGCCUUUUUGGCUGGAGAUGGAGCACUGUAAUCGUCGGUAGUGGUGAGAAUGAAGCAUGUAACGUGAAAGUUGUGGAGAAGAACAAGACGUUUGGCGAACUCAACAAAGGGAAUUAGGUGACUAACACCAGGGCUAGGGAAAAUGGCUAUGUGGGUUUUCUUAUCCAUGGUCAUUUAGCUUUUUGAAGU